AUGGAGGCUUCCUCGAACCCCUUUUGGGGCGCCCAAACCUCUUAUCUCAACUUCUGCGAAGAGGACUAUGUGAUCACUCGGUUUGUGGCCGAGUUUAUCAACACAUUCAGCAGCUUGAUUUACAUGGUUUUUGGUAUAUAUGGCUUGGUUCAACUUCGGAACAAGCAACAGGCUGGUCUCCGCCGGAUGUCCUACUGUGGUUUGAUUGGAGUCGGCCUCUGCUCUGCCGGCUACCAUAUGACUCUUAAAUACCAAACCCAAAUGUCGGAUGAGUUGUCAAUGCACCUCUUGACAACGCCUUUGCUAUAUCGCAUUCUCACGUUUCAAGCUAGCCCGCAACGUACCAAGAUCACCGGAGCUAUUCUCCUAUCCAUGUUUACCAUCGUGAUGGUUGUUCACAUGGUCAUGGAUGAGUUCGUUGUGCAUGCUGCCUCGUUCGGGCUGGCAGUAUGGUUGAUCGCAAGAUAUACGAUCAAAAUGAUUCCCGAACAAAUCCCCGACCUUUUCCUGCGGAAAAAGAUUCAACGGUUUUCGUUCUUUGGCUGCUUUUGCUUUAUCUUUGGCUAUUGUGUGUGGCUUAUUGACGAAUUUUGCUGUGGCAAUCUCACCCAAAUUCGACACGUAGUCGGUCUGCCCUUGGCAUUUUUGUUUGAAUUCCAUGGAUGGUGGCAUGUCUUUACUGCAAUUGGCGGCUAUGUGGCUGUUGCAACGGUGGACCUCAUUAUUUCAGGCGAAGUACACCAAGAUCCCACCGAUAGCCUUGCCUGGCCGGCUCCUCUCAUGGCAAGACUUGUUGAACCGAAACUAGAUUUCAUGAAACAGAAAUGA